CCGACCCCCCAUCGUACAAGUUCUGAUCAGUUCUCAUCAAUUUGGCCUCCUUAGGAAGUGCCUUGAUUCGAAGCUUUUCCAUAUCUCUCUCUCUCCCUCCGAAGGAUGGAACCGACCAAGUCCGACAACGGCGACGUCCUCCAUGAAUUCUUCCCCUUCUUCAAAGUAUACAAAGACGGCCGCGUCGAGAGAAUGAUGCCGAUGGAGAAACUGAAGGUCCCCCCGUCUGAGGACGCCGAGGUCCGGUCCAAGGACGUGACCAUCUCCACCGAGCCCGCGGUACUGGCACGCUUCUUCGCGCCCCGCGGGACUGGCCCGGCCGAGCGGCUGCCGGUCCUGAUUUACAUCCAUGGCGGGGGGUUCUCCAUAGGGUCCGCCUUCCACCGGGUUUACCACGAGUAUGUGAGCUUGCUCGUGGCGAGAGCCCGCGUCGUCGCCGUCUCGGUCGAGUACCGCCUCGCCCCGGAGAACCCGAUCCCCGCGUGCUACGACGACGCAUGGGCCGCGACCCGGUGGGCAUUGGGACAUGCCGAUGGGAACGGCCCCGACCCGUGGCUGAACGAGCACGGGGAUUUCGGGCGGGUCUACAUAACGGGGGACAGCGCCGGGGCCAACAUUUGCCACAACGUGGCUGUCCGGGCCGGGCGGGCCGGGCUCCCCGCCGGCGUCAGGAUAGCAGGGAUGGCAUUGGUGCACCCCUACUUCGGAGGCACCGACGACGACAAGAUGUGGCUGUACAUGUGCCCCGAGAACGGUGGGCUGGCGGACCCGAGGCUGAAGCCGCCGCCGGAGGACCUGGCCCGGGUCGGGUGUGAGAAGGUGCUGGUGUUCGUGGCACAGAAGGAUCACCUGAGGGGCCGGGGACUGUGGUACCGCGAGGAGCUGAAGAGGAGCGGAUGGGGCGGGAGCGUUGAGGUUGUGGAGCACGAAGGCGAGAGCCAUGUGUUCCACAUCUUGAAGCCUCAAUGCGAUAAGGCCUUGGAUUUGAAGGACAAGCUGGUGGAUUUCUUAAGGGGGAACGCGGUGGGAAAAGCAUAGUGGAAAUCAACUUGAGGCUUGUCGUCGGCUUAAAUAAUUUGUGUGAAUAGAAUGAUCCAUGGUCUGACUCUUGUUUUCGAUCAUGUACGAUGUACAAUGACUAGCUUCUCUAUACUAAGUUGCCAUUCUGACGAAA